UCCAUGGUGUAUAAUCGGAUAUACCCCGGCUAUGUACCCAGGUAUCAUAGUCGCGACAGAUUACAUCGAGCUGUCGUGCAGGAAGGAUAUCAACGAAAAGUAUUUUAUAAAUUUAAAUAAAAAUGGCUGACCAACUCACAGAAGAACAAAUUGCUGAAUUCAAAGAGGCUUUCAGCCUGUUUGACAAAGAUGGUGAUGGUACUAUCACAACAAAGGAAUUGGGUACCGUGAUGAGAUCUCUAGGACAGAACCCAACAGAGGCCGAGCUUCAAGACAUGAUCAAUGAAGUUGACGCUGAUGGAAAUGGAACGAUAGACUUUCCAGAAUUUUUGACAAUGAUGGCAAGAAAAAUGAAAGACACUGAUUCAGAAGAAGAAAUUAAAGAAGCAUUCCGCGUAUUUGAUAAAGACGGUAAUGGUUUUAUAAGUGCGGCUGAACUGCGCCAUGUAAUGACAAAUCUCGGUGAGAAACUUACAGACGAAGAGGUUGACGAGAUGAUUAGAGAAGCCGACAUUGAUGGUGACGGACAAGUUAAUUACGAAGAAUUUGUGAAAAUGAUGACCUCAAAGUAGAAAGCCGUCUGUAAGACAGAAAACACAAAAUCAAAUCCAUCGUCCAGACAUCAAUAUAUAUAGACUUUCAUUCUUAAAUGGACUUCCUUCAAUGCUAACGGUUUUUACAGAUUGUUUAAGAAAUUUGUUAGUUUGUGUUAUUUUGCAGAAUUUGUGAAAAUGAUGACCAAUAAGUAAGAUUGUGAUGGUCCCGACAACACUGAAGACCUGCUAUCAUAUUUACUUCAAUAAAAAACCUUUUAGAAGCAUCUUACACUAGAGUGUACACUACGCAAAAAGUGUAAGAACAAACAGAAGCGAAAAUGUAAACUUUAUUUUUAAUGUACAACAAUACUAAGUUUUGUUUUAGUAUUUUUCAGUUUCAAAAUAAACAAUGUAAAACAUGA